CUCACUUCACGCCAGUUUAGUCGCGAACGAUGCGCUGGGUGGUCGCGUCCCGCGUUCGCAUCGUUAUCGCUCCGAACUUCGAAAUUGUUUUACGAAAAUAUGUGAAGUUUCCAAAUUCAAAAUUGUGCAGAACUAUAGUGCCGUACGUGAUUAAUUGUGACCGACACGUGUAGGACGUUAGAAUUAAGUAGUUUUAAGUCAUUGAAACUUAAUAGGCUUACUCGUUUUACCUGCAUGCCUCGUCCCACGUCUGAGCGGUUACCUACCUUAUCGGAUAAACGAACAUUUUUCAAAUGGAUGUGCGUUUGAGUUCUGUGAUAGUGUGCGUGUUAUGUGUUAUAAAACUUCGUGAGAGCAUAGUAGGAGAUUGUGACAAGUUUUUACUAUAGUGACGUGCUGGGAGUAGUGAUACGAAAAAGUUGAAUUACCUCAACUCAAGAAACAUGUUCGUGUGCAGAAGUGAGGGGGGCAUCCUUGCCGCGUUGUUGCUCUAUUCGCUAGCGGUGGCGUCGGCGCAAUACACAAAAGGUAUGCAUGAGUCAAUGCCGGCCAGUGAGGCAUCGACAAGGAAUGCAGUUACAAAAAGACCGAAGGACCAGUCAGUCCGGGAUCACACAUCACACCACCUGAUCAGAUUAAGACACUCCAGGCACCUAGAAGGGUACAUGCCGAUACGAACAUCAUCGUCUUUUGUACCUGCGACGCCGAAACUCGCGGUUAAGGAUAACCACAAACCGCUGUUUACUGAAUGCCUGAACUACAGGCCGACCGUCAAGGAGGAGCAAUCGGUCGGCACAUAUGUAUUCACAGUACACGCAGAAGACAGAGAUCCUCCUGAAAUGGGUGGAACGGUGACGUACAAGUUCGUCUCCACUCCUGGUGAAAAGGAGAGAUUUCAUGUCGACCCUGAAACAGGGAAAAUUACUACGGCCGAUAUAUUCGACCAUGAUGAACCGUCCAGAGAAAAAGAAGCGUAUAUCACAGUGCGGGCCAGUGACAACGGCCAGCCACAAUUAGACGAUGCGUGUACCAUCAAAAUUAUUAUAGAAGACGUCAAUGAUAACCAACCUGUGUUCGACAAAGUUUCGUAUUCGGAGUCAGUUCCUCAAGACCUGCCCAGCGGGAGAGAGGUGAUGAGGAUAUCUGCGACCGACAUCGACGAUGGCAACAAUUCCAUUGUACACUACAGUCUGGACUCCAACUCGCCGGACCAAGCGUAUUUUUAUAUAGACCCGGACAACGGAGUUAUAUUUUUAAACAAAACUAUUGAUAAAGCGCCAGGGUAUAAGUUUAAACUAAGCGCGAUAGUUAAAGAUAUGGGGACCCCUCCUCAACAAAGUUCUAUAACUUUAGACAUACAAGUUGUGGAGUCUAAUAAGAAAAGCCCAUCGUUCAUAGAAGUACCUGAUGAACCGAUAAGAUUAAAAGAGAACUAUUCGGAUUUCAACACCCCUAUCGCGACGGUGCGGGCUGUGUCAAAUAUAGCUGAAGAGAAGAAACUCCAGUUUGAGCUGGUCCAAGGUCAAACGGAGCAGACUAACAAAUGGCACACUUUUGUGUUGGAGCCCGAAGCAGACUCCGCGUAUAUCAAGCUUGGAAACCAUCUGGAUUACGAGAAGAUCACCGAUUAUACGCUAACUGUUAGGAUACAGAACAACUACAAAUUAGCAGCUGAAACGAUAAUCCAGAUAGAAGUUGAAGAUGUGAACGACAAUAUCCCUAUAUUCAGUGAAAUCCGUUCAGGCAGUGUACUUGAAAACGAGAACCCAGGAACACCGGUCAUGCAAGUCCGUGCCUUCGACUCCGAUGGCACAUCAGCCAACAACCAAAUCACCUACGAGCUUGGAGAUCCAUCUGACCCAUUCGCAAUUGACAGCAUCACUGGGAAUAUCACCACUCUCAAAAUCUUUGACAGGGAAGAAAGGAGUUUUUAUAAUAUUAAGAUUAUCGCGACUGACAAUUCUGAGUCUGCUUUGAUUCCUGGCAAACAUAAUGCUGGUCAACAAGUGUUCUUGAUUGAGAUAGCUGAUAAGAAUGAUAACCCACCUCGGUUUACUCAAGACACGUACGUAGCAGAGUCGAUCGCUGAGAAUGCUAAUAUUAAUGAGCUGGUCACUGUUGUUAGUGCUUUGGAUACCGAUACAGCCUCUGUAGUAACAUACAGCAUCGUCGCCGGCAACACUUACGACGCCUUCGUCAUUCGGAACUUCACUGGCGAAAUACGAGUUAACAACGAACUUGACUACGAAAACAUAACGAGUUACAGCCUCGACGUCAGAGCAUUUGACGGCAUUUACGAAGAUUAUGCCAAAGUAAUAAUUAAUAUUGAGAAUUUGAACGACAACCCACCUGUGUUCUUGGCUAAUUAUACUAAGACAAUUGAAGAGGAGAAACUUUAUGAAGGCUGUAUUGUCAAGGUUGAAGCCUACGAUCCGGACAUCAAAGACCGGAAUGCCCCUCAAAACAUUGUUUACUCCUUAGUGAAGCAUGAACAAAAGGAGUUCUUACAAAUUGACAACGAUGGCUGUCUUCGGCUGACGAAACCGUUGGACAGAGAUCAGCCUCUAGGGUUCACGAGAUGGCAGAUCCUGAUCAUGGCUGCCGACCAUGGCGGACGACUAGGAUCUGACAGUUUAAGAUCAACCACAGAAGUUAUCCUGGAACUGACUGAUAUCAACGAUAAUGCACCGUUUUUGACUAAUACCCAGCCAGUAAUUUGGUACGAGAAUGAGCCUCCCGGCCAGGUAGUGAUCCUGACCGCUAAGGACUACGAUUCCACUGAAAAUGGACCUCCUUUCACCUUCGCCCUGAACGAGUCUGCCUCAUUUGAUAUCAGAUCCAAAUUCCAUAUACAAGGUAACAUCCUAUCGACUUUGGUAUCGUUUGAUCGCGAGCAGCGCAAGGAAUACAGGAUUCCAGUGGCCAUCACGGAUUCAGGAACCCCUCGACUGACAGGCGUCUCCAUCCUCCACGUGGUGAUUGGUGAUAAGAAUGACAAUCCCAUGGCACCAGGACACAGCGACAUCUUCGUAUACAAUUAUAAGGGCGAAGCACCAGACACAGAGAUCGGUCGUGUCUACGUUGAUGAUCCUGAUGAUUGGGACUUAGCUGACAAGAGGUUCAUGUGGCUACCUUCCUAUGAGCUGAGGAGUCCAUACUUCGAUAUACACAGUAACACUGGAAUGAUCACGAUGAAGGAAGGGACACCAAAUGGAACUUAUUUGUUGAGGUUUAACGUGACAGAAGAAAACGAGCCAUUAGUUCCGUUCCAUUGGGUGGAGGCGACAGUCAACGUGACGAUCAAGGAGAUUCCCGAGGAAGCAGUCGACAAGUCCGGCUCCAUACGUUUUGUGAACAUCACUGCUGAAGAGUUUAUUGUUCCUGAACCUGAUGGUACGAGUAAAAAGGACAAGCUGCAUCAACGUCUCGCUCAGCUCUACAAUACGUCCAUUGACAACGUGGAUGUGUUCACCGUCUUUACGAAGAAUACUGUGAAGGAUGUGUUCCUGGAUGUCCGGUUCUCCGCGCACGGAUCACCGUACUAUCCGGCUGAGAAGCUCGAUAGUAUGGUGAUUGCGAUACAGGAAAAGCUUGAAGAAGAACUCCAAUCAAAGAUCUACAUGGUGAAGAUCGAUGAAUGUCUGAUCGAGAAAGAACAGUGCGAGGAUUCCUGUCGUAACGUGCUCAUGAAGAACAACGUACCAUUGUCAGUGUACACCAACACCACCAGUUUCGUGGGAGUGUCAGCGAGGGUGGAGUCUGAAUGCACUUGUGAUGUGGUGGAACCUUUGAUCUGUUUGAAUGGAGGUACGCCUUUUGCGGACAAAUGCGAAUGCCCCGAGGGUUUGUCAGGACCCCACUGCGAGCAAACCUCCAUCGGUUUCCAUGGCGACGGCUGGGCGAUGUACGCGGCGCCGCCUGCCUGCCAGGAAGGUCACGUGACCUUGACUGUCACCUCUCACUCGAGUAACAGCCUCGUCUUCUACUUGGGACCCCUGAAAUAUAAUCCGCUGCUGGAAGUUCAAGACUUCAUGUCCCUAGAACUGGUGGACGGUUUCCCAGUCCUCCUCGUCAACUACGGCUCCGGGACCACUCGUCUCAACAACAGCGUGGUCCAUGUGGCUGAUGGGAAACCUCACCUGAUAGAAAUCGUCCUCAUGAGGAGUUCCAUUGAAAUGUUCGUGGAUAGGUGUAAGCUGUCGACGUGCAUGUCUCUAGCGGCACCCACUGGGCCUCGGGAGAUAUUGAAUGUAAAUGGUCCCCUUCAACUGGGAGGAUCCAGUAUAGACCUGCAGCAUCUAGCCAGGACUUUUGGCUGGAGACACGUGCCAACCAACCAGUACUUCGUGGGAUGCAUCAGCAACUUUACCUAUAACGACUAUAUGUACAACCUGGGCGAACCGUCAUUACAUCAGAACGCUGAUCCUAGUUGUCAACGAAGCAUGUACACUGCCGUCACCUUUGGUAUCGAUACUAACUUCUUAGUGGCUAUCCUGGUCUGCAUCGUGAUAUUAGCAAUACUCCUGCUGGCUGUAGUAGUACACAGGCGUAGGGCAGACGCUUGGGCGGAAAAGGAACUGGACGACAUCAGAGAAAACAUCAUCGCUUACGAAGACGAGGGCGGCGGCGAGGGUGACGCAGGAUACGACCUGCAUGUGCUGCGGCAAAUGUAUGACGGACCGCUGCCGGAUACAGACACGUUUAUGCAGAAUAGAGGUAUGGUAGGCGCAGCGCCAGAUAUCUCAGGCUUCCUAGACGACAAGAAGUCAGUUCUAGACCGGGAUCCGGACAUCACGCCUUACGACGACGUCCGCCAUUACGCGUACGAGGGAGACGGGAAUACUAGUGGCUCCCUCUCUUCACUAGCUAGCUGUACGGACGACGGCGACCUCAAAUUCAACUACUUAUCCACAUUUGGACCUCGGUUCCGCAAACUAGCGGAUAUGUAUGGGGAUUCGGACGACGAGAGACCACACGAGGAGUCCUGGUGCUAGCGCCACGCUUGGCUCGUGUAGCCAGCUCGAAGGCCCAGUGCCCAGUGAAGGGAGAGACUAGACCAAGUUCAGAUGCCUUACCGCUUCACAGCUUCCAGCGUUGUGUUGACAGUGACUAACAACCCACCGGAAAAUACCCCCCUUUUAUUGAAAAUUGACGUUUGAAAUCCUGUGAUAAUGUGACUAUUUUUAAAGGUUUCGCUAUGGGAUUGUAUGAAAUUGUAACGGUUUUGUGACUUAGGUACAAUAUUGACGGAGUGAUUGUUUUAGUUCCAUUUUUUUUAUAAUGUUUCUUUUUUUUUUAAAAGGCGUUUUAAUUUUACAGCUGACCUGCUGACUAGUUUGUAAAUCGAGAUGAGAAAUCGAUUCAGUUUAUAUCGAUAGUUACGAUCGAAUGGCGUUGCAGAUUGGAUGUAAAAUUUGAUGUCCGUAGUCUAAAGCGUCGUUUCGAUGUCGCUACCCGUAAAACAAUGAAAUAAAAAGUUUCGUUUGCACUAGUCGAGACUUUCAGGUAACUUAAUAUUACGUAAUAGUUUAUUGUAGUUGUAAACUUGAGGUCUAACAACUCUCAAAGUAAGGCUGUAGACAGACGGACUGCAGUUCAAUUGCAGUCGGAGAGCAAUCGGACUGUACAGUUGGUUUAUUGCAGUUGUCAACUGCACUCAAACUGCACUUGAACUGCAAUUUUCAAUUGGAUUGCAGUUGAAAUGCUGAGUCUAGAGCCUUAGUCUUUCAAUUGUUGGAGCGAGAUGGCGCGCUACGGAUCGUAGAGCGUGGUCUCUCUUCCACAACUGCAACGCACUUUAAGAGGAAUUACUUUUUAUACUACACAAUUCUACUGAUCCCUAAGCUAUAAUUUUUCAUACGAACUUCAAACAUUAACGUAGAUAUUUUUCGUAAGUUAUACUGAAAGGAACAGUAUUAAAUUGUAUACUUGCAUUACACAUUGGAUUCAAUUAAAACAAUUGUGACAUCCA